AUGUCCGUCUCAUACUCUCUAGUAGCAUCUGCGGUCGCAGAUGUUUGCGCUCUUUCGAGUGUUAUUAUAUUCCUUUUUUCAAGACCCAGACGAUUCGAGUUACCGACAGCUGAGGCUGGGGAACACGGUGAAAUAAUCCAAGGCGAAGAUCAUAAAGACCCCUUUGAUAUCGCGACUCGUGAGGAUACGAUAGAUGGCUAUCCGCUUCACGAGGAAAAGUUCUGGUCCCAGGGGCCGAGCUCACCAGAGACCUGGAUGGAAUGGCUCGUAUUAUUCUUCCUCCUUGCCGUGGUCAUCAUUUCAUCAACAACAAAUCGGGCCCCACCCGUAUAUUUUCCUCCUGAACGAGUCUACCUCUCGAAAUCCCUGGGUUCACUUGCACCUGAGACCAGGAACAACGUUGUGGGGGAAGUACAAGCAUCCGUUGCUUCUGUUCUUCUUUUCAGCUAUGUCACACCUAUUGUUAUGCUGGGGUAUCACGCGACAUCCAUGGAAAUCCGUGACUUGCCGAUCCUGACGGGCAACAUGCGAGCUCCUCAUAUCUAUUCGACCAUGCGUUCAAUAAUGAGACGAAUCAAGUUGGCACGGAGAUGGAAAGGGAAGCCUGGGUCCGGUUAUGAGCUAUUGUACCAGCUAGUUUAUGCCAACCGAGGGAUGUUCUUGCUGCAAAUAUUCUUGUCCGCAACAUCUGCUGCAUUGUACUACGCUCCCGCUUGGUUCUUGCGGGAACUUGUUAAGUUUUUGGAGGUUACGAGAAGCACCGAUAAAUCGCAAGACAUCGAUCGUGCCUGGGGUUGGAUGUAUUGUGGUGGUUUGCUAUUGUCUGGGAUGCUGGUUUACCUAAUCACUGGACAGCUUUGGUCGAUAUCCACGACUACUCUACAGCUCCGUUUGAAGAUCCAACUUAACACGACGCUAUUUGCCAAGACCCUCAUCAGGAAAGACAUUGCAUCUGCUGGCUCUGCGUCCUCAAACGCUCCUUCUCGACCUUCUACUCCUGGUGGAGACGUUGGUAAUAGUAAUGAAUCUAAAGAAGAUCCGGUCGAGGACGACUUCUCCAGCAAGGCCCAAGUGCAUACACUCAUGACGACCGAUGUUGACCGCGUAUCAGAAUUUAGUUGGCAUUUCUUCUCUCUUGUUGAUGCACCCAUCGAGAUCAUCAUCGGUACCUUUUUCCUGUAUAAUCUACUGGGUGUAUCAUGCUUUUUCGGACUUGCUGUAACUUGCUUUUUCCUUCCUAUGAAUCACUUUGCCUCGAAGGUUGUGAUUGAUGCCCAAGAUAACCUGAUGAAAGCCCGGGACGAACGCGUUGCGCUUAUGAACGAGGUACUUGGUGCCAUGCGAAUGCUCAAGUUCAUGGCUUGGGAGCGAAGUUUUGAGGACCGAGUUUUGAAGAUUCGUGAGAGGGAGCUGAUGCAUCAAAAGCGAAAUUAUCUUAUUGAGACUCUAUUCAAUGCCAUUUGGAACAGUACACCAGUCAUCCGAAAGGAGGUCUUGACUCCAUCAAUCGCUUUCACAUCGUUGACUGUGUUCAAUGAGAUGCGCUUUGCUCUCAACACCUUACCUGAGACGUUCAUCAAUAUUCUUCAAAGUCUUGUUAGUCUUCGUCGUAUUGAGAAAUACCUAUCGGCAACCGAAAUUGCCGAUGUACGGUCCAUUCAAGACACUGAGCUGGAGGACUCGGUUAAGCUUGUAUCCGCUACCAUCUCCUGGCCACAAACGCGGUUUGGUGGGGCUAGCUCUGCUCCAUCUGUCGCGCCUACCCCUAAGGCCCGUUUUACGAUUUCUGACAUUUCAUUGGAAUUCCCUGAUGGAGAGUUGAGCCUUAUAUGCGGUAAACUUGGGUCUGGAAAGACGCUUUUGCUGUUAGCAUUAUUGGGAGAAGCGGACAUCCUAGCUGGCCAAUUGAUUGCUCCCAGAUCCCCUCCAGACGCCUUAGCUAAACUAAGCCAAGAGGGAAACCUUGAUAACUCAAAUUGGGUUGUCCGAGGCAUUUGUGCAUAUGUUCCUCAAACGGCCUGGCUUCAGAAUGAUUCGAUCAAGAACAAUAUCAUUUUUGGGCUCCCGUUCAACGCUGAACGGUAUCGACAAACCAUUGAGGCUUGUGCAUUGGUCACGGAUUUCGAAAUUAUAGAGGAUGGUGACGAAGCAGAAAUUGGUGAGAGGGGAGUUAAUCUUUCCGGAGGACAGAAGGCCAGAGUUUCGUUGGCACGAGCGGUGUAUUCACGAGCGUCUAUCCUGCUUCUCGACGAUGUCUUAAGUGCGGUUGAUGCCCACACAGCUUCACAUUUGUUUGAGAAGUGCUUGCGCGGCCCAUUGAUGAAUGGACGGACGGUUAUUUUGGUCUCUCACCACGUACAGCUUGUUGCACCUGGUGCCAGUUAUGUGGUUGCUUUAGACAAUGGUCGUGUUCUUUUCGCCGGCCCACAGCCCGAGUUCAUUGGCUCCCAGGUCAUGCAACGAAUCAGUCAUUCUACAGAUAUUGAUGAAAAGGAAGCUCCAGUCGAAGAAACCAUUGAAGAAGUUGCAGAAGCCGCAGGUCAUUCGGCUGAGCCUUCAGGACAAAGCAUUGGUGGAGAAUCAGAUGCGGCCACGUUAGUCAAGAGCGUGAGCGUUUAUCAGGAUAACUCUGUACUUGAUGGUAGCGCUACUGCCAAGAAAAGUGCACCGCGCAAGCUUAUCGAAGAUGAGGCUAGGGCUGUCGGACGUGUUAGAUGGGAGAUUUGGCAAUCCUACUUCAAGGCUUGUGGUUCUUUCAUUUACUGGGCUGUAUUCUCCGUGGUGAUCCUAGGGGGCUCUUUGACCCCAGUACUCGAAAAUGGGUAUUGGUCGGGCCAUUCUGAGGAUAAAGAUGGGAAAAGCCCUUUGUGGUACUUGACGGUGUAUGCGCUCGUCACUGUUUUUGGUAUUUUUGUUCAAACCCUUAGGUGGUUUGUGCUAUACGAUGGGUCAAUCAGAGCCUCGACUGUUCUGGCAAGCCUCCUGGAAGCGGUGCUCUUUGCUAACAUUAGGUUCCAUGAUACUAUUAGCAAGGGCAGGCUCCUGAACCGCUUUGGCAAAGAUUUUGAAGGUGUUGAUUCAAGUGUUGCUGAUAAUCUUGGUCGAACAAUCAUGUAUGCUUUGAGCGUCUUGGUGACAUUCGUUACCGUGACAUACGUUGGUGGCAUCCGAUUCUUUGCCCUCGCAUGUAUCACAGGCGUUCUCUAUUAUAAUGUAUCCAAGGUCUAUGGCCAAACAAGUCGUGAUAUGAGGCGACUGGACUCUGUCACACGAUCGCCUCUCUAUUCCAUUUAUGGGGAAACCAUCGCUGGAGUAACAGUGAUUCGGGCCUUCGGUGCAAGCUCGAUGUUCCUUCGAGAGAUGCUGAGAUGCGUCGAUACUAAUGCCUGCCCAUAUUACGGAAUGUGGAGUGUGAAUCGCUGGCUUUCAGUACGAUUCAACAUGCUCUCUGCCACCAUUGUUGCGAUUACGGGAGCUGUUAUGUUGGUCGACAAUAACGUAGAUGCCUCCUUCGCUGGGUUUGCCCUCGCUUUUGCAUCGACUAUAACCGGAGAUUUACUGUUCAUGGUUCGCCGAUUCGUUGGACUGGAGCAGAGUAUGGUCGCGCUCGAACGUAUCAAUGAGUUUUCGACAAUAGCACAAGAGGCGCCUGAGUUUAUCGAGCCUAGACCGAGCGCAUCGUGGCCGGAGAGAGGAGAUAUCUCUGUCGAGAAUUUGACCAUUCGUUAUGCUCCGAAUUUGCCCAACGUUUUACACAACCUUGCAUUCGAUAUCAAAGCGCGAUCGAAGAUAGGUGUGUUGGGCCGCACGGGUAGUGGGAAGUCGACCCUGGCAUUGAGCUUCUUCCGCUUCGUUGAGGCUACGGAAGGCCGCAUUGUCAUUGAUGGGAUUGACAUAUCUAAACUGGGGCUUACCGACCUUCGGUCGCGUUUGACGAUCAUUCCACAAGACCCUACAAUUCUCAGUGGCACUCUCCGGACCACGCUUGAUGUAUUCGACGAGUAUGAGGAUCACGAAAUAUUUGAGGCCUUGCGACGCGUGCACCUAUUGCCAUCGGAUGAUGAGCCCGAGGUUAAUCUGGGUGAGAACGCAAACGUGUUCCGUGAUCUUGAUUCGCCUGUCAGUGAGGGCGGAGAAAACUUUUCUGCAGGGGAAAAACAACUCUUAUGCAUGGCUCGUGCUAUUCUGAAGCGCGCCAAGGUCUUGUUUUGUGAUGAGGCAACUGCUAGUGUGGACUACGUUACUGACGAGCUAAUUUCUCAAACCAUCCGCAAAGAGUUUGCAGAGAGUACCAUUGUUACGAUUGCACAUCGACUCCGAACUAUCAUUGACUAUGAUAAGGUGCUAGUAAUGGACCAAGGUCAUAUUGCUGAGUAUGAUGAACCCAGCGCACUGCUCGCAAACUCGUCGUCCAAGUUCUACGCACUCUGCAAAGCCACCGGUCCGAAAGAAUUUGCGGUCCUCAAGCACAUGGCUGAAGAAGCUACUCGUGCAAGACAGGCACUAUGA